GGCUUCUCUGUUUUUUAUUGCUUCUAACGUCUGAAACAUGCCUGUAACAAGAGCUGCUGCGAACGGGAACACCUCUACAGCAAAGAAGGCUUACCGAACCUCAAAGGGGGCCCCAAAGCCAUCACGCGAACGCAAAGCCAAAGUUACCAAAAAAGCCAGCCCCAAGAAAGCAAAUAAAGGGGAAAACGAUAAAAAUACAAGGCCCCAUCUGAGCAUUGGGUCCAAGGUCCCAUUAUGUGAUAACUUCGGAGGAGAACUAUACCUCCAUGAUGGGACCGAAACGUCAUUGAAACAGCUUGUGGAUAAGAGUCGUAAUGGGGUCAUUGUUUAUGUAUUUCCGAAGCGUUGGGAUGGUGAUGCAUACGACAUGUACAGCGAAUUCAAUCACGCUCAAUUGGACUGGGAGCCGGCAGAAAUGGACACGAUAGGCAUCUCACCAGAUUCGGUACCAUCAACUGCUGCGUUUGUGAAAGAGAAAGACAUAUCGUUGCCUCUUGCCAGCAAUCCCAGUGCAUCUUUGAUUAAAGCAAUGUCGAUUACUUCGUCUAAGGGGAAAAUGACGCAAGGAGCUUUUAUUAUUUCGAAAACAGGACUUCUUUUAGCACGUACGAUGGGAAAGCAAGAUAAGAUUAUGGAUGAUUUAGACAAGAUUAUAUUUACACUGAUUGAAGGAAAAAGACAAGAGAUAGCAUAA